AUGGCAGGCAAAUUCAUGUAUCAAUCCCCCUUCUCAAAGGAACCGCCGCGUGAAGGGAACGUCUCGGAGCCGACAUGGGAUACUUUAAUACCCAAAUCCGCAGACGGCCUGGGCUACUUCAUCCCCUCAACCGCAGAUACCUCGAAGUCAAAGUCCUCUUCUGUGGUAAUUCCUUCCGCCUUCCACCAACUCCACUGCCUCUACCUCCUCCGGCGAGCCUAUUACACCACCACACCCGAGCUACAACGCUUCGACUUCGGCCGGAACCGCUCCGUCCAUGUAGCGCACUGCUUUGAUUACCUUGCCCAGGCGAUUACCUGUUCAGCGGAUAGUACGCUUGAGCCGGCAGUGGAUAAGGAGCAUGGGUUUUUGGGGGGCGGGUUUGCGAGACGGUGUUGGGAUUUUGAGUACUUGAAAAGUGUUGUGGAGAGCAGGAGAGCGUUUAAUGCCAGUGGGUUUUUGGCUUGGGGUGCUGGGACGGAGGGGAAGGUUGAGUUGGGGUGA